AUGCACUGGUGGAAAGGGAUGGUGGUGGUCCUUCUGCUCUGUUCACUGCUGCUCAGCCAGACACACUGUGCUUCCCUGCACCACCAACAGCUUCACCUCACCAGACAGAGGAGGAUGACUCCCUUCUGGAGAGGAGUCUCACUGCGACCCGUGGGAGCCUCGUGCAGGGAUAACAGCGAGUGCGUCACCAUGCUCUGCAGAAAGAAUCGCUGUUUCCUCAGAACAGCCUCGGAAUGA